AUGCAUUCACCAUUAUUGAAUAGUUAUAUUUUUAUUUGUAAAUUAAUGAUAUGUAUUACAGUGCUUAUAGCAUUGCAUUCUCAUCAUUGGAUGCAAGACGAUGAUGGAAGAAAUCAUCACGGACUUAAAAAAAGGUGCUAUGAAUACGGCAGUAGAUGCUAUGAAGAUAACCAUAUUCAACGAAAAAUCUGGCUUUAUCUUAUAAUUCCUAUACUUAAUGUUGUAAUUGAAUCAUCAAAUAUUCUUCUUCUCUUAUGUACGCGAAGUCGAUCUCGUAUUAAUUUAAUUUUAGAGGAAAUCAUGCUUGUAACAAGUUUGGUGUUUGUAGUACCAAAUAUUUUUAUUAUUGCCGUGAUUUGUAUACAUGCUAGUCUUAAAUAUGAAGAAAUAGAUUGGUCAAUGAAAAUAUAUGUCAUAUCAGUAAUAUUGUGUCUUAUUGAUUUCGUAUGUUCAAUAGUUCGUGUGGUAUCAUAUUGUCGUCAUAAUUCCUUUCGUUCACAUCCAGUAACAUAUACAUCAAAUAGUAAUCAUGAAACAAUUAAUAUUCAAUCCGAAUAA